GGCGGAUAACCAAUCAAAUCAGCCUGAGGAUGACAGCAUACUUGGUUUAGGUGUUCAAAUGAGUAAUUCUGAGGAAAAUAAUGAUGAUUUUGAAACUUUUGAGAUGUCUCAAAUAUUUUCUGAUGAAUUAGGGGAAGAAAUUUGGGCCUCUCAAAACAUUAGCCCUGAAAGCAUGUCUGAAGAAAUUCCCAGAAAAAACACUUCAUUAUUGUUUAAUAGAUCCAUCAGUGAAUCACUGUCAGCAAUUCAAGGAAAUUCAUUCAUUCCACAACUAGAUGGUGCUUUUGAUGAAGAAUUUGAAAAAUUUGGUCCUAAACUUUUGAAAGAAGAGAAUCAUAUUAAUCCUCCGGUUCGGAAUCGGGUUUUAGAAGAUAGUGAGGAACCACCAGUUUUACUGCCUAUGGUACCUGUGAAAUGGGAGGGGAAUGGUCAAGUUGAAAAUUGUACUAAAUUUUCUUCUGAAGAGCUUGAUAAACGCCCUCUUCUUGAAAAAAUAGAUUCAAAUAUCUCUGUUUGUAUUCCUCUUUUAUCGGGGCAGCAGAAGUCCAUACAUUCUAAUCCGAGUUCUUCUGAUUCUGUUUGUAGCGAUAUUUCUAAAAAUGUCAAUUCUUAUGUGGUAAAAAAUACCUGUAAAUAUUCUUCAGAUUUAAAUUUUGAUAAGAAAAAUCCAGCAGAUGAAGAUCAAGAAGAGGAAGUCUCAUUAGUUGUUGAUGAAUUUAUGUCAAAUGUUCUUUCAAAAAUAGAAGCUCUAAGUAAUAAUGAAAUGCCUCUUCUUGAAAUGCAGAAGCAUGUUAACAAAGAAAAGUAUUCUUCAAAUGCAUUGGAACAUAAUUUGCUUGAAGCAAAAUGCUCCAAAUCUUUGGCACAUCAAUUUAAACAAAAAGGUGCUUUUAUAGAGCAUUUACGUAAGUUAAAGUGUAAAGUCAGUGAGAGAUUUGUUAAAAGAAGCACUCAGGAUUCAACAGAAAUUUUAACAAAUCCAACUGGACACCUAUCAUCUGUAGUAUUAAAGAAUCAAAAAGACCCUAAAGAAACGGAAAACAAUAACAAUUUGCUUGAAAAUAAAAUAUGUGAUCAUGGCAAUGAUAUCUGUAUACAGUGUAUUGAUUUCUCUAAAAUAGGGAGAGAAGUGGUUGUCUUGGAAAAAUUGACUGAUGAAUAUGUUGUCGCUCAUAAAAUUUCACAUGUAAAUAAUGUAUCAGUCUCAAUUACAGAAACCCAAACUUUAAAGCACAAUAUUCAGAAUGAAAUAUUCUGUAAUGCCACCCAGCCUAAAAAAUCACAUAGCAAAGCAUAUUCUUCUUCUAAAAAACAGUGUAAUGUAAUACAAAGGCAAUUUAAUAAAAGAAAUGUAGAUGCAAAAAAUAAAUCUUCCAAUUGUGAUACAUCUUGCACUAAGCAAAAAAUAUGUCUUCAAAAUAAUAGAAAUUAUUCUGCUUCUAAGAAACCUACAUCUGUUGAUACCCAAAAAACAAACUCGUCCAGAAUAUCUUCUGAGAAUUUUGUUCUAGAUUCUGAAUAUUCAAAAGAUUGUUCUGUUGUACUUAUUAAUGAUCAAACUUUGUUAUCUAAGCAUGUUAUAAAUCCUGGAUUUGAAGCAGAAGAUAAGCUAAAGCUAACUUUAGGUUUUGAAAUGGACAAUAUUUUUCAUCAGAAAAACAGUAAGCAUGAUUCCAAAUCUCAGAAACAAAACUCACAUUUCUCUUAUGACUUAUCACGUCAAAUAAAUUCCAAAGUAUGCACAGUUACGGAACAAACUUCUAAUCAUAUGGAAAGUAAAACUGAUGUGCAUAAAAGUCUUUCUAAUAGUGGGGGAAAAUCUGGUAGACAAACAAUUAAAAGAAAGGCAUUGAUACAGGUUGGUGGUAUCGUAUUAGCUGAACAUGAAAAUUUCAGUUCUCCAUUAAAGAAAAGAAAAACUGCGUCAGAAGAAGUAGAGGAAGAUGAACUUAACACCAAAAAGACACAAAAACAAAAAGCAGUAAAACCAGUCAAUUUUUGUAAGGAAACUACUAGUGAAUCUAAUACUAAACAAACAUCACAACUCAGUUCUAAAAUUAAUAUAUUUGAAAAUGAUUCUAAUACUGUGAAUGAAAAUCAAGGCAUAGAAAGUAAAUAUUGCAUUAGCAUUGGUGAAGCUGUAUUAUCGAGGAAAAAACAUUCCAUUUCAAAUGUGCAGAAAAGAAAAACUAUUCCAAAGAAUUCUAAGAAAAAGGAAUUGAACAAUGUAGAGUCUGUCAUAGAUAGUAAUAUUUCUGAAAAUGCAUCUAUGCAGAAAAGUAAAACUGUUUCAAAUAUUUCUGAUGAAAAGGAAUUGCAUAAGGACUGUGAAAGAGAGAAUAAUAUUUCUGAAAAUGUGUCUUUGCAAAAAAGAAAAAAUGUCAUAAAGAAUUCUGAAGAAAAGGAAUUGAGCUAUAAAGAAUCUCAAAGUGAUUGUAAUAUUUCUGGAAAUCUUUCUAAAUUGAAAAGAAAAACUGUUAAGAAGAAUUCUGAAGAAAAGGAGUUAAACAAUAAGGACUCUCAAACAGGCAAUAAUGUUGUUUCUGAAAAUACGUUUGUACAGAAAAAGAAAUCUGUUUCAAUGACUUCAGAUGAAAAGACAUUUAAUAGUACAGACUCUCAAAGAGAGAAUCUUUCUGAAAAUCUGUCUUUGCAGAAAAGAAAAACUGUCCCAAAUAAUUCUGAAGAAAAGGAAUUAAACAAUAAAGAAUCUGAAAGUGAUAAUAAUAUUAUUUCUGAAAGUUUUUCUGUAUUGAAAAGAAAAACGGUUUCAAAGAAUUCUGCAGAAAAGCAGUUGAAUAAUAAAGGCUGUCAAAAAGCCAACAGUGUUGUUUCUGAAAAUAAGUUUGCACAGAAAAAGAAAUAUAUUUCAAAGAAUUCUGAUGAAAAGGAAUUGAACAAUAAAGACUCUGAAAGAGAGAAUAUUGCUGAAAAUGUACGUUUGCAGAAAAGAAAAAUUAUCUCAAAGGAACUGAAUGAUAAAGAACUUCAAAGGGAUAGUAAUAUUUCUGAAAGUGCUUCUGUUCUGAAAAGAAAAACUGAACUAAAGAAUUCUGAACAAAAGCAGUUGCACAAUGAGGACUCUGAAAAAGGCAGUAGUAGUAUUUCUGAAAAUAAAUUUGUGCAGAAAAGUAAAACUAUUCCAAAAAAUUCUGAAAGAAAAGAAUUGAACAUUAAAGAGUUCCAAAGAUGUAGUAAUGUUCUUGAAAGUGCAUCUGUACUGAAAAGAAAAACUGUUUCAAAGAAUUCUGAAGGAAAGCAAUUGAACAAUAAGGACUGUCAAAAAGAUAAUGGUAUUAUUUCUGAAAAUAAGUUUGCACAGAAUAGAAAAACUAUUCCAAAAAUUUCUGCAAAAAAAGAAUCGAACAAUAAAUUGCUUCAAAAUAAUAGUAAUGUUCUUGAAUGUGCGUCUAUACUAAAAAACAAAACUAUUCCAGCAAAUUCUGAAGAAAAGGAAUUAAAUAGUGAAGAGGCUCAAAAAGACAGUAAUAUUUCUGAAAGUGGAUUUUCCUUGAGAAUGUAUAGGAGUUCCAAAUUCCGCAGCAAAUCUAAAAAACAACUUGAAGAAAAAAACGAAAACAAUUCCAAGUUAAAAGAGGUGAAGUUGAGCAUGUCAUCAGACAAUAGAGUUAUUGAUCAAAUGUCUUCAUCUCAAAGUAAUUUAAGUGAGGAAAAGUAUUCUAAUACUUUUGAUAUGUCUUCAAAAUACUGCCCAUAUGUUAAAUUAGUUGACUGUGCAAAUUUGUUAUCAAAAUACUCUAUUGACCCAAAGCUUUCUAUGACAAAACAAGAGAGUUGUACUGUUUCUUUUGUUAAUAUACCUGAACUUAAGCCUAUGCAAGAUAAGAAUAAUUCAAGUGCAGAAAACCUAUUCCACCGAGAAUAUUCUAUUACAGCUACUGAUUCAAAAAAGUAUUCAACUUCCUCUGUUCCCAAACAAUUAGUUGUAUCUGAUGUGGAUUCCUUAAACAGAAAAAAAGGUAACAUAAAAAGAUCUGAUUUUAAAGAUAGUAAAUUACCAUCUAAAUUAAGCAAGAGCCGUACUGCAUGUAAAAAUCAGUUUGUGGAUAAUGAUCAGGUGAUUGUUGACAAUGAUGAUAAGUCUAAUGAUGUAGUUUUUAUUUAUGAGACUAGUAAGAAAUGGAAUGAUAAAUCAGGGGAUGCAAAUGUAAAAUCUCAUAAAAUCUUAAAUAAAGCUAUGAAGAGUCAAGAAACAACUCAUUUAUAUGAUUCCCAUUCAAAAAUGCAAGUAAGUAAUAAACUAUCUCUUAAAUUAAAUAAGAAGAAAGGAAUUUCUGCUACAGUCAAUCAAAAUAAAAAUGAGCUCAAUAAAUUUAAUGAAGAUAAAUAUGCCAGUUUUUCAACCAAUUCAGAAUCUGAUGUGGAAAUUAUUUCAGAAAAACUCUACAGGUUUAAUAGUGACGCAUCAAAAAGUACAUCAUCAGGAAAAUCAGUCAGUUUGAAGCAAAAAAGAAAUAUUAAUACUGUAGAUUUGCAGAAGCAAAGCAAAAAAAAUAAUUCUGCUCAGAAGAAAGAAAAGAAAUUCUUGUACCUUAAACGAAAAGCUGUAAGUGGUAUUUCCUCAAUUGAUACAUCAUUCAAAGUAAGUUCUUUGUCUGAUAUGUCUGUUAAGUGUAAAGAAAGAACAGUUAAAAAGAAACUUCAGAGAAAACAUGGAGCAAAAAUUUAUAAACCACUGAGAAAUAAAUCAAAGAGAAAAUCUAUAUAUAUUAAUAAGUCAGUAACAAAAAGUAUUGAAUCAUCUUCAAAUUCUGUUAUUUCGCAUAGAGAUAUUGAUAACACGGAUAUUUCACAUAGUUAUGAAAGCUCUUCAAAACAUUUAUAUUUCUGUGCUUUAAAUGAAGGGACAGAUAAAUUUACUAUUAAGAAGAAUAAAUCUCAUGAUUGGUGUCAAAAAGAUGAAAAAAAGACAGAGAAAACCUUAACACUGUCCAAUAUUAAAGAACAUAGAGAAAAUAUCUUUUCAAAAAAAUCAAGUUUUAAACUAGGUAAGCUUGCUAAAAAGAAGAAAAAGUGUUCAGAAGAAAGACAUGCUUCUAAGUUUGGUGAGAAUACAACCUCUAGCAAAGUGCAUGAAGUGAAUCCAGAUAUGUGUAAUGAGGGGAUGUUAGACGUCACUCAAAUUAAAAAAGAAGUAGAGAUUGAAGAUGAUUUUGUUUUAAAUAGCUCUCCCAAUGUAAUUAGCACAAUUAAAGUAGAACCCAUAGAAAAUGAUACUAAAAAUUCUGAAACUUCUCAACAACCUGUACUGAAAAGUAGCUUGAGAAUGAAGUUAAAACUUAAGAGAAUAUUGACUAGGAGUAAUGAGCCCCGAAUUGUUGUUGUAGGCAAAGAACUAGAAGGGCUUGAUGAUGACAAUAGCUCAGAUGCACCUGAAGAUAUAAAACCUGAAUUACUUCCAACAAGUGAUGCAUCUUCACCUAAAAUUGCAAGCUUACAGACAUAUGUAGAGGGUCAUAAAAGUAGGUUGAAAAAGUCUUUGGGAAGAAGAAAUUUGGUACAUAAGUCACAAUCAAAUGUUAGUAGAAAAUUUGUAUCACCAUUAAUCAUCUCUCAUGCACCUGGAGAGUCAAAUAAAUUUUCUAAACAUGAAAAAGAAUAUUCUGUCAGAAAUAAACAAAAUGUACUGCCUGUUAGCUCUGUAAAGGCAAAAGAUAAUUCUUUAUCAAGUAAAUACACACCAGUGUAUCCUACUUUAUCAAAGGAUUUUAUACCUACUGAUACUUAUCUUGUUGAAACAGAUAAAUCAGUUAGAAAGAAAAAAGUUAAAAACAAAUCAACAUUAAACAGGCGAAAAAAGGAGGAAAAAUGUUUUUCUCCUGUGAAAAAAGUUUCACCUUUAAAGAAUGCUGCUUCUUUUAAAUUGGAUUUAAAAAAUAUGAAUGAGAGUAUGCAGGAUCUAACAAAAUUAACUGCUGUUAAUCACGAAGUGACUGAUUUUAAGUGCAAUACUGUAGAGAUCGAUUCUAAAGUUGUAAAAAAUCAGGUUUCCAUAAAUUCUGAAACAACAUGUUAUAUGCCUACUGAAUCUCAGCAUAUUCGCAGUUUUAGACUAAGAUCUAAAUCUGCUACUGUCAGCAGUAAAUCAAAAGUUGAAAGUUUGAUUCGGAGAAAUAGUCUGUGUGUUCAAAAUAACUUUGUCUCUGAAAAUGGGAGAAGUUCUGGUACUUCAGAUUACUGUAAAUUAACAUUUGCUAGAAUGGAUUCAAGAACUGAGGAAUUAAACGAAGAGGUUACUCAAUGCCAACCAUGUGCUGUUGCAAUUAAAAGACUUUCUUCUGAUGAACUAGAUAAAUACUUGUACAAAAUGCAAGAUAAAAAAGAGCAUUUAUUGAAAGAUAUAACUAAGGAGCCACAAGUUCUUUCUGUUCCAUCACCUGUUAUAGAUCAGAAAAUAGUAUCAGAGCAUAUCAAAGGUUUUGACAAUUUAUUUAAUUUUCCUACAGCUUGUAAUUCACCUCUCAAAUAUAAAUUAGAUGCUUCACCAAGAAUCAAUGACAAUGACAAGAGUAUGGAUUCUGUUUAUGCAGAACCAGCAGAUCCUGUUAAACAGGAUUUUCAUAAUAUUUUCAGUGGCAUAGAUAAAGUAUUAAAAAAACCCAGUGAAGUAUUUUCUAGUGUUGAACGAGAGGAUAUGGGUGUAUUGUGGAAUUUAUCUUAUUUAUCUCCUCCUGCUUACAGUUCUGUCCAAGGAUCUCCACCUUGUUGUUUUUCACCUGAGCAAGAGAAAGAUUAUGAAAAGCAUUAUGAAACAGAUUGUAAGUAUGCAGAUAAAAUUAAACCAUCAAAUUAUUCUGAUUCAAUUUCUCUGCCAAAACAGUUGUCGCCAGAAUUAGAUAUGAAUACAAGCAGUGCUAUGAAUCAGUGUGAUUCUUCGAUGUCUCCUUCAAUGUCAAGAGAUGAUUGUGAGAGCCAUUAUUCAUCUAAUAAUGUACAUCACAGGAAAGAACAUUUUGUGACUUCUUGCAAUAACAGUUCAUUUAGAAACUUAUUUUCAAAUCUUGAAAGCAAUACUUCUAACAACAUUUCUUUUUCAUUACCAGAAGAUCAGAAUGUAAAUAAUUUCAAAGAACAGUCAUGUAUGGGUCACAAGACAAUUAGUGACAGUAGUAUAAAAGAUAUUAAGAAUAAUGUUAUUGAUAAAGGGAACUUUAUUCCAGCUGAUAUUAAUCCUAUGCCUCAGUCAGAUUUUGAAAAAACUCUUAGUGAAAUAAGUAAAGAAACAGUUUCGAAUGUUAGGAUACUGGACUUUCAAGAAUUUUUUUUUGAAAAUGAUAAUGAUAUGAACCUGUUGCUUAAUGAUCCUGAAAUUCCACCUUUAACAAAUCUGGAAAGUAGUGAACUUUAUCCUAGUGAUAUUAACGAUAAAGAAAAUGUUAAACUACAUGAAUCUACAAAAUUAGAUUUGCUUCAAAGUUUUCCUGAGAAAUCAAGUCAUGAAUUCAUUGAGCCAUUGUGUAAUGAUUUUGGAUUUAAACGGGAACAAAGCAAUGUGAAUAUUGUCCCAAAAGAAAAGUUACCAAAAUUGGAAACAGAUAUCAUAUGUAAUACUGCAAUAAUCACUGCAGCUGAUACUUCAAGUGUAUUAGUAUCAUCAUACAAAAAUAAUACUGUUCCAGUAUUAGCUGUUAAUAAGUCUGAGAACAAUCCCAUAUGCUUUAAUGAAUACCCACCUUCAGAUUUUGAAUCAAAUAAUCUUUUCCCUGUUUUAGGGAUUUCAGAAACAGUGAAUCAAUCUGAAAAUUAUUUUGGCAACAGUUCUUCAAUUGUUAUUAGUGAAACCCCACCAAAUGAACAGGAUUGUACUAAUUUUUUUGAAGGUAAUGAUUUGUUACAGAGUUGUUCAGUAAGCAGCACUUCAGACAUAGAUGCAAAAGUAGAUCAAUCUAUGAAUGUAUUGGAAAAUGCAUUUAGUGGUGAAGAAGACAUACUUAGCAUGAUUGUAAAGUCAUGUGAUAUUGGUGAAGAAUUCGACGUAAACCUUAAUUCUAAUGAAAUAACUGAUAAUACACUAGAAAUAAUAGACUCAGGAAGUGAAAAACAGAGUGGAUUUUCUUAUGAAAUAAUUGAAAAUUGUUCAUCCAAUGAAAGUAUCUUUCAAAUAAAUCGAGAAAAUGCUGUUACCUCUUCAAGUCAAAAUAAUGGCAUAUUAGCGCAAAAGCUGGACUCUAAGUGCAAUUCUGAAAUUAAUCCUAUAACGAAAUCAAAUUUUUCUAAUGUAGAACAUCACUAUAGCAAAAAUAAUGAUGUAUUGUGUACACAAAAAUCUGAAAUUGAGAAAUCAAGUCAAAAUAUUGAAAUUAUUGAAGAUACUUUAGAGUUUGCUAGCAUGAUACACAGUUUUUAUGGGGAUGAUCCAUUAUAUGGACUAAAUUCUUCCAUAAAUUCAGGGUUAUCAGAUCUUCAUAAUUUAUCAUGGUGUUCAGAUCUGCAGACCUCAAACAUUUCUGAAGAAACACUUAUCAAUUCCAGUGAAGAAAGAACAUCCCAGAAUAUUUCUGAAGUAAGAAACUCUGGUAGUUCAAAUAAUAUUUACUUCUCUAAAUCAUCUUAUAAUUUAUUGGAAAGUUUAUUGCAAAGUAAUAAAUCUGCAUCUGAAGUAAAAGCUACAGGUGCAAUAUAUAAUAACAGAAAUAGUUUUAAUAGUUGUACUGUUAUUCCAAAAAGCAAUGAUAAAAUUGAAAAAUGUUCUGCUUCAGAUAUUAAUUCUUCUUUUUCUGAAAUUACUGAAACAUCAUCUAAAGUAAAUGUGGUGCCUACUAUUAUGCCACCUUCACGUGCUGAGGUGGAAGAGUGGCUGACAUUAAAAAGUAUAGGUUUGGAUUCACCAAGUAAAUUUAAAGAGAGUCUGAAAGAAAUUGGUAAUGAUUCCUUGGAUUCUGAUAGCUCAAACAGUACUGAAACAUUUUCAGAAUUGGACACUUCAGAUGGCAAUAUUUGUCAUAUUUCUUUUCCAUUCCAUAAUUCGAAUAAAAGUUUAAGACAGAAUGAUGUCACCAAAUUACAUUUUUCUCCAGAAUUUGUUUUUCAUUCAUCAAAUACAAAUAAAAGUCACUUAAAUACUCCUCUGAGUUACAAGCAAUCUAGUGUUAUAAAAAUGCACUCAUGUGCCACUAAUUAUGAAUCAACCCCCAGAAGUACAAAGAAGUGUGAAAAAAGUCUUCCUUUCGAUUUAAAUAUAUCUCCAAUUAAUAACAAUCCUUUAUUGAUUAGGGAUAAUAAAGAGCGAAAAAGGAAGCUUUCAUUUAUGGACUUAGAUGUGCAUCCGAAGAAAACUGCAAAAGCACCUGAAGAAAUCAGGCAUGAAAAUAAAACACAUGCUUUUAAAGACUGGACCGAAAAGCUAAUGCUAAACAAAACCAUGGAUACCUCAGGAAACUUAACCUACUCGCAGAUUGAAGGACCUACUCUUGAGAAUACUGGUGGUUACAAAGUCAAUAUUGGAGACAGUGGUAACAUGCAAGUUAGACAUGAAAUACAGCAUCUGACUGUUAUGAGCCUAGAAGUUCAUGUGAAUACUCGAAAUGAUCUGCUACCUGACCCCAAAUUUGAUGCAGUGGCUGCAAUAUUCUUUUGUAUUUGUAAUGAUAUUGGUGUCAAUGAACAAGAAGAAGUAGUUGGCAUUAUAGUGAAUGGACAAUCCUUCUUGACUGAAAACUCUCAAAGUUCUAUGCAGAAAGUAUAUGCAUCAUUUAAUAAUUGCCUUCUUCUUACAUCUUCUAACAAAAAUUGUCAUGUUUUUUGUGUUGAAAGUGAAAGUUUAUUAUUUGAAAAACUUGCAAGUAUAGUGAUGGAGUGGGAUCCUGAUAUCUUGAUUGGCUAUGAAAUACAAAUGGCAUCCUGGGGUUAUCUUACAGAGAGAGCACAAAGUUUAAAUAUGAACUUAAAUGCAAUGCUAUCUCGAGUAAUUGACAAAAAAGAAAGUAAAAUUGUGCAUGUUGAACAUGAUCAUACUGUUACUGAUCAAACUGCUGAUCUGAGUGAAAUAUCUAUCUGUGGUAGAAUUGUUCUCAAUGUUUGGCGCCUAAUUCGAAAAGAAAUCACUCUCAAUGUAUAUACUUUUGAGAAUGUAUAUUAUCAUGUUUUGCACCGACGCACACCACUGUAUACGUUUCGUGACCUAACUCGUUGGUUUCUUGGAUCUCAGAAAGAAAAAGUCAUUCAUUAUUAUAGCAUCAGAGUGAGAGGCUGUCUCCAAUUUCUUGAAAAGUUGGAUAUCAUUGGUCGCACGAGUGAAUUAGCUCGGCUUUUUGGGAUUCAGUUCUAUGAAGUAUUGAGUAGAGGUUCCCAGUUCCGAGUUGAGUCUAUGAUGUUACGAACAGCUGCUCCGUUAUCAUACAUCCCAGUUUCUCCCUCAGUCCAUCAGCGAUCUCACGCUCGUGCUCCAGAAUGUGUUCCUUUAAUUUUAGAACCCGAGUCUCGAUUUUAUAUUGACCCUGUAGUUGUAUUAGACUUUCAGUCUUUGUAUCCUUCAAUGGUCAUAGCUUAUAAUUACUGCUUUUCAACGUGCCUUGGUAGGGUUGAACAUUUUGGUAAAAAUGUGCCUUUUGAAUUUGGAUGCACUUCCUUAAAUAUAUCUGAUACCACACUUCAUAAACUUCAGAAUGACAUUCAUAUUUCUCCAACGGGAAUAGCUUUUGUCAAGUCCAAUAUUCGCCGUGGUAUUCUUCCUGUAAUGCUUGAAGAAAUAUUAAAAACAAGAGUCAUGGUAAAACAAUCUAUGAAAAAAGUUAAGGAUAAUGUAGCUUUAAAGAAACUUUUAGAUGCCCGUCAGUUGGGCUUAAAAUUAAUUGCUAAUGUAACAUAUGGUUAUACUGGUGCCAGUUUUUCUGGAAGAAUGCCAAGUGUUGAGGUUGCUGACAGCAUUGUUGGCAAAGCACGUGAAACUCUUGAGAGAGCAAUUCAACUUAUUGAAAAUACACCUGAGUGGAAAGCUAAAGUUGUAUAUGGUGAUACUGAUAGUCUUUUUAUUCUGUUACCUGGGAGAAGUAAAGAUGAAGCUUUCAAACUAGGACAAGAAAUUGCAGAUGCUGUUACUUCUACAAAUCCCAAGCCUGUAAAACUAAAGUUCGAAAAGGUGUAUUUGCCCUGUGUAUUGGAGACAAAAAAAAGAUAUGUUGGCUUCAUGUAUGAGACAGCUGACCAGAAAAAGCCUGUUUUUGAUGCAAAAGGUAUUGAAACAGUGCGAAGAGACUCGUGCCCGGCUACAGCAAAGAUUUUGGAAAAGUCUUUGAAAAUACUUUUUGAAACAUAUGAUGUAGAUUUGGUGAAAAAAUAUGUCCAAAAACAAUUCAGCAAGCUUCUUAAUGGCCAGGCAAGCUUAAUUGACUGCAUUUUUGCAAAAGAGUAUAGAGGGAUAUCAGGAUACAGGCCAGGUGCAUGUGUUCCUGCAUUAGAAAUAGCUAAGAAACGGCUGUCAAGGGAUCCAAGAUCAGAACCUCGGGUUGGAGAAAGAGUGCCUUAUGUAGUUGUUUAUGGUUUCCCAGGAUUACCCAUUAUUCAGUUAGUUCAUGAACCCAUUGAUCUUUUGAAUGACAUUAGUCUUCGUAUUAAUGCUACAUACUACAUUACCCGUGUGAUAUCACCACCUUUGGAAAGAGUAUUUUCCCUAAUUGAUACUGAUGUCAAAUCAUGGUAUUCAAGUCUUGCACGAACAUUUAAACCAACUUUGCCAAUGUUACGCCCUGUUAAUCAACAGAGGGGAACAAUUUCACAAUACUUUGCCACAUUAAGUUGUCCGGUCUGUGAAAAACCAACAUUCUCUUCUAUGUGUGAUAGCUGCCGAGAAGACCUUCAAACAACAACUGUGACUUUAAAUGAUAAAAUUCGUCAGUGGGAAAGAACUGCAGAUCACUUAAAACAGAUAUGUACUAGUUGUACAAAGUCAAGAUGUUCAGUAGACUCUUGUCAAUCUGUGGAUUGCCCAAUAUUGUUUAAAUUGAACAUGGCUAAGAAAGACUUAUCUCAGGUUCCAUACUUAAAAAAAAUAUUAGCUCAUGAACUAUUUUAAUGUGCAAUUCUCUUGUUAUACACUGAUGGAUGUGUUAUUAAUUCUUGUACAGUGUAAAUGCCAUUUAUGUGUUCAUUAUGUAAAUACUUAUUAUUUUGAUGUAUAUACGAAAACAUAAAUCUAUUGUAAAUAUUUUUAAAAAAAGAGUAUCUACUUUAUUUGUUUCAUAUAUUUAGGAGAUGUUUAUUUUUCUGAAAAUAUAUAUUCAUUUUAUUAGAUACAUCUGCUCUUUGGUUAUGCAGAGGUGACUGAUAUUGUAUAAAAUCACACAAAGAAGUAUUAAAUAUCAAAUUUUUCAUUGGAAUGUUUUGAAAAAUCUAGACACAAAACCAUUUGUUUGUUAAAACAAGAUGUAGAUUUGUUCUCAUGUUGAAAUAAUGUAUAGAAUCACAACUUCAUAUUUUACACAAAUAUUUUUUAUAAAUUUUUAUAUAUUUUUGUUCUUGAUUUCUUGUGACAUAUUUAAAUAGAUCAUUGCAAUUUUCAUUAAAUUUAACUAACUGUAGUUGAUUAUUACUUAAAGAAAAUGUAAGUUCUCAUUCAAAAACUGUAAUCAGUGACAGUUUUUGAUUUUUCAUGUAUUUCUGUCCUGGGGGAAAAAUUAAGUAUUUUAGAUAGUUUAUGAAAUAUAAAUUUAAACUAUUAUUGAACUAUGUGUUAUUUAUGUAAUAAAGCAUACUUUAAAUAUAAAUGGUUAAGAUAUGUUACUUAUGAAAUUUUUGCUUAAAACAGAUUUUCAGGAUUAUAUUUGUCAUUCAAUUAAUAAUAUAAAUGUCAUAUUUUUUUUUAAUUUCUUAACUUGCUGUUGAAGUUUAGAAUUACAGAUUAUUUAAAUUGUGCUUGUGUUCAUGUAUUUUCAAUCUUUUUAUACUAUUUGAAUAUUAAAAGAAGAUACAGUAUAAAGUCCCAGAUCCGGUCUCGUCGGGACUUUCGCGAUUCCAAAUUUCGGAUUUUUCCGGAUAUUAGAUCAUCAUAUUUAAAUCUAGUAAGAUGACAUGUAGAAAUAAUAAAAUUAAAAGUAUGAAAUCAUGAUUAUGAAAUAAUGAAGCAUUUAUGAUCUAAAGGAUA